AAUAUCUUCCCUCCAGCUCCGCCGGACACAUACUGUAUCUAUCAGUUGUUAUGUUGUCACAUUGGACGGCACCGUGAUCGGGGCAGGCGCGUGGAUACCUUUACGCGCGGCGGCAGCUGUGUAAAUGACUUGUGAAGAGGUUGAUGCAAGAGGAAAGAGGGCGGUCAAAGUGUGACGGUAAACAGUGUGCCUUUCUCUGGCAACGGUUUCCCUCCCAGCGCCUCUUAGACUACGUCUCGCACGUGUAUUGUAUUGUUCGUCCAGGGCACAGCUGCCGGCACAGGACACGCAUGCUUGAAAAGACCAUCGCGCACUUGAUGCCCGCUUUGGUGAUGCCAUGCCCCGGAACCACAGCGGAGACGAAGGCGGCACCGGGCUCUGGAUGAGGACGUCGCCGGGGCACCGUACCGAAGGCUACGGCUUGAAAGAUGUGGAGUGCGGACGAAGGAUGAUGAACAACGCGGGAGACGGUUUGCUGUCAGCCUCCACCGCAGCAGCAGGUGCUGCCGGGUCCGAGAGCCUGAGGGGGAAGCAGGGAGCCCGGCUCAGCCUGCUGGGGAAGCCGCUCAUAUACAGCGCGCAGAGCGGCCGGAGAAACGUGCGCUACCGGCGGCUCCAAAACUACCUGUACAACGUGCUGGAGAGACCGAGAGCCUGGGCAUUCAUCUACCAUGCGUUUGUGUUCAUCUUGGUCUUCAGCUGCCUCGUCCUCUCUGUGUUCUCAACCAUCCCGGCUCAUCAGGACUUCUCCUCCUACUGUCUCCUCAUUCUGGAGUUUGUGAUGAUCGUGGUGUUUGGGUUGGAGUACAUCAUCCGUAUCUGGUCGGCAGGAUGCUGCUGUCGCUACAGAGGAUGGCAGGGACGACUCCGCUUCGCCAGGAAGCCUUUCUGUGUCAUAGACAUCAUAGUGCUGAUAGCGUCGGUGGCGGUGGUGUCGGCUGGUAGCCAGGGAAACAUCUUUGCCACCUCAGUCCUGCGGAGCCUGCGUUUCCUGCAGAUUCUACGCAUGGUACGAAUGGAUCGAAGAGGAGGCACCUGGAAGCUGCUGGGCUCUGUGGUCUACGCACACAGCAAGGAGCUGGUAACCGCCUGGUACAUCGGCUUCCUGGUUCUCAUCUUCUCUUCGUUCCUCGUCUACCUUGUGGAGAACAAGUUCAACAAGGAGUUUGCAACUUACGCUGAUGCUCUGUGGUGGGGCACGAUCACGCUGACAACCAUUGGUUAUGGAGACAAGACACCAAAGACAUGGACAGGACGGAUGCUGUCCGCAGGGUUUGCCCUCCUUGGCAUCUCCUUCUUUGCUUUGCCAGCUGGUAUUCUGGGCUCAGGCUUUGCCCUGAAGGUCCAGGAGCAGCACAGACAGAAGCACUUUGAGAAGAGGAGAAACCCAGCCGCCUACCUCAUCCAGUGUGUUUGGCGUAGUUAUGCGGCUGAUGAGAACUCGGUUUCCAUUGCUACCUGGAAGCCUCACUUGAAGGCGUUGCAUACCUGCAGCCCUACAAAGAAGGAGCAGGGAGAGUCGACCACAAGUAAAAUUCAUAGUAAUAAACAGAAGCUACUGAGGAGGCGUACCACUCGGAAACAUAGUCAGAAGCUGAGCUUCAAGGAGCGGGUGAGGAUGGCGAGCCCCCGAGGUCAGAGCAUCAAGAACAGGCAGACGUCUUCAGUGAACGACCGGCGCUCUCCGGUGGCUGAUGCUGGGACAGAGGGCACCAGCCCUGCUAAGGUGCAGAAGAGCUGGAGCUUCAACGACCGCACACGCUUCAGACCCUCACUCCGCCUUAAGAGCCAGUCGCGCUCCACCACUGAUGCAGACUCCAACAUGGCAGCGGAGGAUGGCUUCGAUGAGAAAGGCUGUCACUGUGACAUCUCAGUGGAGGACUUGCUGCCCUCGGUCAAGUCUGUCAUUAGAGCUGUCAGGAUAAUGAAGUUCCAUGUAGCCAAGAAGAAGUUUAAGGAGACCCUGCGUCCUUAUGAUGUCAAGGAUGUGAUUGAACAGUACUCUGCUGGUCACUUGGACAUGCUGUGCCGCAUCAAGAGCCUGCAGACCAGAGUGGACCAAAUCCUUGGGAAAGGCCAGAUCCCUCUGGAUAAGAAGAUUCGGGAGAAGCUGCUGUCUGAUGGAGAUAUGCUAGAGGACAUGAGCAUGCUGGGUCGUGUCUGUAAGGUGGAGCGGCAGGUCCAGUCGAUUGAGUCAAAACUCGACUCCCUGCUUGACAUCUAUCGUCAGGUUUUGCACAAAGGCUCCUCUUCAGCCCUCACGCUCGCCUCUCUGCCCCUGUUUGAGUUGGAACAAACCUCUGACUACCACUCCCCCGUCUUCAGCAAGGACCUGUCGUGCUCCACCCAGGUCAGCAGCAGCGGGGCACCUCCCCCUGGCAGCUGCAUCACACGCUCCUCAACCAACUCCCACCUCUCCCAGGGUGGACUCCAUCUCAUCCUGGCGCCACCCAGCGAGCUCAAUGCCUCCUCUUCAACCGGCCUGACAUCCUCUUCUUUCAGCCCAUCACCGCUGCCUCAUCACCAUCAUCAUCACCAUCACCACCAUCGUCAUCCUCAUCACCAUCAUCAUCCCCAGCCUCAGGCCACCACGCCUGAAAGUGGCACAGAUGAGGCUGUGGGGAGUUCUCCACCCAUCCUCACCCCCAAUAGUAUCAGCAGUGGUGGCGGCGGUGGAGUUGGAGAUGGAGGGUUUCCUCUUCUGGCAAGGCUUCCACCACCACCCCCUCCCAGCCGGAGUGGGGGCCAGGGCAACUUGCUACGAGCCACUUCCACGGACAUGGAGGACUUUUGUGGAGGUUUAGGGAUGCAGAUGGAGGACAGCAAUGUUGGGGAGGACCUUAGCCUUGGGUUGGGACUGGGCAGCCUGGGACAGAAGCUACAGGGCGGCACCAACAGCAAUGGCAGGUUAAAUGCUAAGGAGGAGAGCUCCUGGAGGAGACAUAUGAGCCUGGAGCUGCAGCCUCUGGUGCCACCAGCUGUGGGCUGCUGCUCUGGCCCCAGCCAGGUGGACCGGGGCUUGGGCAAGUCAAUGUCGGUGCAGGACCUGAUGCAGGCAGCCCCAGGGACUGUCCAGGACACCCACCACAGCCACAGCCUCUCAUCUCCGAGCCCCAGUACAAGCAGUGACUCCCCCAUUGGCUUCCAAUGUAGCCAACACCCUGGGGGAGGAGGGGGUGGUGGUGGUAUAGGCAGGAGUGGGGGAGGUGGAUGGGGUGAGGAGGACCUCUUUAUCAGUGACAGGGACAUUGAGGCACAGGGAUUUGACUUCCUGUCACUGGGGACUGCUGAGGCCCACACCUACUCCACGGAGCUCCUGAGGACAGGGAGCAGAGCAGGGGCAGGGUCCCAAGGCUCUAACCGUAACCUGGCUAGUGGUCACACAUCCUCGCCUUCGGCUGGCAACUCCGAAUUGCUGAACAUGCCGCACGUGCGGCUAAAAUAAACUGGCCUACAUGUUCAGAAGGCACGCAAAUCUCACCUCACAGAGACGGUUUUUAUCCUUUUUGGAGGGGAGUGGGAGGGCGGGAAUAUUACAGUGGGUCCUUUUUUUGUUUAUUUUCAUGUUGAUCCAUUUGAUAAGAAUCACAGUAUUUUCAUACAGGCUGAUCACAUAGGGCAUAUCAUUGCAUGAGUUACUCCUAGUUUUGUGUGAUUGACAAAUCUGAGCUAAAAGAUGAAGACAGAACCCAAAAACCUGAGACGUUGCUAUUAAACAAAACCAACUUAACUCAGUCCUGAAUGACGGUUGGUUGAUAUUUGACCUUGAGACAGAGCAUGAGCAUUGCAUGUUUUCAGUCAAAGGUACUGAGUUUAGCAAGAUAGUUUACACUUCAGUAGAAAGGAAUGGAAAACAAACACUUCGGGAGAAUUCCCUUGAGAAUACCACACCAUUUUUUUAAUAGAAAAACAUUGGACUUAACACUUACAUGUGCCCAUGUACACGGGAUCAAUUUCUUGUCACUCCAAUCACAUGACAGGCCUCCAUACUAAAGUGAAUGUUACCUCACCAUUGCCAUACUUUUCAUUCUUGAUAACUGUCAGUAAUUCUUUUUUUAUUUCUAUAGCAUUGCUCAUGUUAGGAAACCAGACACCCCCUUACAUUUAAGUCCUUAAAUCAUAUCAAAUACUAUCCUGAACCAAUGACUUUGGUUACCUGCAAUCUUCGCAAAAAUCCCACACAAGGACUAUAACAGCACGAUUUAGCUUCUGAACUACAGGUCUUGUAUACUGAACAUUUUUGCUAACCAUUUUCCAAUGCAGGCAGUACAAUUUUAAAUUUUUUAAAAUGUAUUCUUUCUACAGUUUCAGAUAUCCAUUGGUUUGCAAUAAUGUCUGUACAGUAAAUCAAUUAACAGACUCCUAAAACAUGCUUGAGGUUAGUAAUCCAUCACAGGGGGGAUAUAAGGUCUUUUUUGUGAAUGUUACAUGCUCAGUGUGUGAUUUAGGGCUGCACCCGACUCAGAAUUAUGUCAGUCGAAUCAGAUUUGGCUUUUCAAUAUGAAUAUUCGGGUAUCCAGUUCUUAUUUUCCAUACAGAGCUUGAGAGUUUACAAAGGUUUUGGCAGUAUAUUCAGGGUGACAGUGGCGUUCACGUUCAUUGUAAUAUAGCAAACAAGCCAAGUUAGCCCUCUAAGCUGAUGUGUGCAAACUAUGCUAGUGACACAUCGGUAACAUUCAACAUCUUUUGCUGACACUUGAUAUCAAACAAAAGCCAGAGACUGUAUUGUAUGAAGUUGUAGUGCUGGGCGGUAUACCGGUUCAUACCGAAUACCGGUGUCUAUUUUUCUUAUGAUAUAUAUUUUUCAUAUACCCCAAUACCGGUGAGUAUUAUCUCAGAGCCUCUCUUUCUCCAGGCAGCUGCCUUCGUGUCAUUCAGACUGGCCCUGGGUCUGGGUCUGCAGCUGCCUGUGCCUGGAGAGUAGCAUGAAAGCAAGGAGCGCUCACUCUGCAGCUACAUCUGGGGACCAAAAUGUCCCCGGAUGUAGCUGCACGCUGACUGCCCAAAAACAACAACAAAAAACAAAAGAUUGCUCAACUUGAAGGAUCUCAGUGACACGACUGACAAUUCAAAUCUUUGUCUGUCAGGGUGCAGCCCUAGUGUGGUUAUGCAGUUUAAGUGCAGGUAGUUUUGAAAGGUCUGUGUUGCAUUACCUCAUAACAAUAAUGUCACUGUAACAGAAAUGACUUGAAUAAGUUUGGAAAGACUGCUAACUGAUUUACAUCAGACUGCCAACAUGCAUCCAAAUUUCUGAAACACAGUAUGUGAUGUCCAUGUUAUUUGUGGUGAAUAGGCUGAAGCAUGCAAACCUGCAGGACUGGCCCUUUAUUAUUUUUUUCUUUUAGCUAAACUGAAUUGGUGUCUUAUUUUGGGAGUCUUAACCAUAACCUGGAAAGCCCGGGCCAAAAAAGAGAAAUAUCAGUGUUACUGUAACUGCCAAGUAUUGGGACGCUUAGUGAUGUCACUUCUGCCAAUGGUCAGCUGUAAUAUGACAUGCACCAUCUUUGCAUCACAUGUACACACCUGUAUACGCACACAGCCAACUGUGACUCAUGUUCAUUAUACUGUGGAGUUUCUUCGAGAACAAGGAGCAGUUUUAUUUUCAGAUAACUUAUACACCGGCCAGUUGGUUUCCCAGCUGAUGACAGCCAUGGAUUGAAACACAUCUUGAAUGUCAUUUCUUGGUUUAAAAAUCAGCUCGAUGUUUUGUGUGUUUUAGCAAAGCACUUUGUUUUGGUUCGGAAACAGAUACACUGAAAGAAAAGUUCAGACAUCUAACAUUGUAUUGCAUUUGGCUUUUUGCCACCCUGUUUUUACACGCAAGGAAGAUCUCUUAUUUAAAUCAGGGUCAAUGUUUGCUUUUUUCAUACAGUGUCAUAUGGGAUUAUUUUUGCUUCCUUGAAGUGAACUUGCUGCAGAAUGUAUUCCUGUUGCAUGGUACAGAAUCAGGUGCAUCAGGUAAGGUUGCGCGGAUCUCUUCAAGGUGUAGGAAAAUAAUAGUAGCGCCGCAAGCUGCAGGUAAAUACUACCCAUAAAGAAUCCAAAGCUUCAGUGGUGACUAAUCACCCUUAGCUAGCAGUACCUCAGUGAAGACCCUAUCAAAGACUAGAGUAUAUGUGAAGGAGGCUGGGGGUCAGAGGUGGAUUUUACUUUCUUUCAGAUAUUGAAAUAUAUUUUGCAUGAAGAGGUUGUCAUAUUCAAACCUACCUAUAACUGAGAAUGGAUGCCAUGUCAUUAAGACAGAUCACUAUUUAUGGUUCAGCCUGAUUGCAUCAGAAGUAAAAAAAGACCUCAGCUCUGAUAUGAAGUCAGUACAUACAGUAUAUUGGUGCCUUGCUUUUGUGGUACAUAUUCAUCUCCAUAUCUACGAUUUCCUGAAAAGUGCAUUAGGUUCCUCCAAACAAAAAUGGUUCCUCGUUUUCUCUCCUUGUAGAUGUUCUGACUUGAGGCAUUUUAUGUUUGUUUGUUUUUUUUAAAUUUAGAGAUCAUUUUGCUACUGGGCAUAAAACGGGCCUUUGACAUGUCAACAUUCUGUCUCCUGUCUUUUAAUUUAUUUAAAUUAUGUGCACAUAUUUACACACUAGUAAUAAUCUCAGUUAGAUUUAUGAAGCCUGUAAUGUAAUGAAAAUGCAAGUGAACUUUUAUUCUCAUUCAUCAAUAAAGGAAAUUCUAUGAAGACU